CGUGCUCAGAGUCAGUGCUGCAUGAAAGUAGAUCUAAUGGCUGAAUCCUUCAAAAGGUUUUUAAAUCGUAAACCAGACCUGAAGGAGUUAUCUGACCAGGUAACUACCAAUAAAUGGUUUCUCCUGGGAGUCCAACUGGAAUGUGACACUUCGAAGUUAAAUGAAAUCGCAGAAAUUGACGAAAGUGAAGAAUAUAAGACUGUGCAGAUGUUUCAGCUCUGGCUGAACUUGCUGAAGACCAAAAGUAUUGCAAGCAGGCGAAUUUUGCUGGAUGGUCUAAGAAAAAGGGUUGUUAAUGAGAUUUUAGUGGCUAAUAAUUAUGAAAAAUAUUUAAAGGAACUCCAUGAUAGAUCUGCCUACUGCAGUACACCAUCAGACGAGGCAUAUUAUAUUCUGCAACAGCAUAUGAAAGCGUUAAAUGAUGUUCUUAUUUCUCCUGUAAAUGUUUCUCAAAUGUUAUAUAGCAAGAGAUGCAUAGACGAAGCCAUUUUAGACGAAAUAGAAGUAGAAAACAGAUCUUUUGAUGACAAAAAGACCCAUCUCUUGAUUGCUAUUCAAGGAGUAGUGCGAAAUAACUAUAAAAAGCUUAAAGAUAUUGCUACAGUGUUGUCUGAAAUUGAUGAGACACAAGAGAUAGCCCAUCAAUUGAUACAAGAAUACAAUCAUAGAGUGGCCAGUGAAGAAUGCCUAGAACUGAUGCGUCAGGAAGUAAUUGGCCAUAAAAAUCCUGCUGUUGACAUCUUAAGGACAUACUAUAGCUCUCUCUCACAGUCAAUUUUAGAGCCUGCACAUAUUGCUAAUAUACUUCACAAAGAAGAUGUCUUUUCUGAUGGUAUUGUUAGCAGUGUAGAAUCUGAAAUUGGUUCUUUGUCAGACCGUAGAGCUGUUUUACUUAGAGCUUUACGAAAAGUUGUCCAGUCGAACUAUGCAAUCUUGGAAAUACUUGUCACUGUGCUGCGAAAAUUCCCUGAAACUGCUCAAAUUGGUGACAGAAUUUUUGAAGAAUACAUGCAUCACUUUGGCAACUUCAAUGCUGUUGAGGAAAUCGAUUUAUUUUUGAUGGAAAAAGGACAGUCUAUUGGAGGACCCACUUCUGAUAACGAAAAAGAAAUGUGUAAACAUGGUUACAAAAUCAUUUUCCCACGUGGAAUGAAGCAAGAAUUUAGAGACAUAAGAGUUAAAUUUGCAACAAGCUUUCACGAAAUUAGAAUUAUCUUUUCCAAAAAGAAGAUAAACAUCAAUGAUGUCAAGGUCUUCAUUGCUGACUUUCGUUCUGACCUAACGUCACAAUUGCAGCACAAGAAAACAAAGAAUGACAUACUUGAAGUUAUCAAGAGAAACUGUACCAUUGUUGAUGUACACUGCUUGGAGGUAAUAAUGACUCAUUUUAAGGUAAAUGAAGCAUUGACCAUUAUCAGAUCAUACAAAGAAUUAGCUACAGAAUUUUGUAAAACAGUAGCACUUCGCCUUUGUCUAGAAGAAAAUUUAAAAGUUACUCCAAGCCCACCUUAUCUCAUGUAUGAAACUAUCACCUUUGUCUUGAAUUGGAAGCCUGAUACACAAACACUUCAAGAUAUCAGAGAUGUUCUUGAAGAUCUAGAUCCUUUGAAUAACUAUCAUAUUCUGAUAGAGCAAUUUGGAACUGGUCAAUCUGUUUUUUUCAGCUGCUAUUGCCCUGGUAGUUACAUGAUUUUGUUUGUAAUUACAGUUUUUAAGAAGAUUAAAAUUCUUCAAAAAAGAGGGUUAAAAGAGUUUAAAGUUGGAAAUUGUACUGUAUGGAGUACUGUUAAAAAGGUGGAAUCCGAGGCCUCAACUAAAGCAUUAGAUGUUACUACAUAUCCACAAAAAGACUUGGAAGAUGAUAAGCACAUGCUAUCUGAAUUAAAGCAGCAACAACUGGUAAAAGAAAAUGAUCAUGAGCAAGAGAAGAAACAGUUAUACUCAUCCACAGCUACCCUUGAUGAGCUGAAUGCAAAGCUAGAGAUACAGUCUACAAUAAGUAAACGCAAAGGACAAGAAAUUGAUGAUUUGAAAAUUUUGAUUAAAAAAAAGAACAAUAGAAUCACUUUUCUUGAAGGAGAAUUAGAGACGCUUCAGAAAUUGUUAAGUGAAAAACAAACUGAUUAUAAAGAAACAGCAAAAAAUGCUGCAGUGGCUUUUGAUGAAGAUAUGACUGGAAAAGUAGACUGGAGUGGUGAUGAAGUUAAAUUAAAUAAUCCUUCUCUCAUACAGUGUCAAGAGGUUAUAUCUCAAUUGACAGACAAUCAUCAAAAUUUUCGUCUUGAGAGGCCAAAAGUUGAUGCCAUUCAAUAUCUCGUGCCACUAGUGUUACAAAAGAGCACUAUAAAACGUUUUAGCAUAUCAUAUACUCAACUGACACCAGAUCUAAUUCACUCAAUUUCUUCUAAUCACAUGUCAACCAACACAUCUCUUAAACGGCUAGCUUUACUAAGUGGAGCAAUCGAUGAUAUUGGAGUCAUUUUGCUUACACAAUCACUGAAGUAUAACAAAACGCUCACUUCAUUAUCUCUGUACAAUAACCCACAGAUAACUUCAGCCAGUGCUACAUCAUUAGCUGACCUUAUUCAUACUAAUCACACUCUUACUGAGCUCUCAGUUAGCCGAAGUUCACUAGAUUCUAAUGGAGUACUGCUUAUACUGAAUGCACUUCUAACCAAUAAAACACUAACAAGAUUAGAAAUAGACAACAGGCAUGAGAAUGCUUGUUCUGCAUUUUCUUCUGUUAAGCAUAUAAUAACAUUUUAUUAAUUCUUACUUUAUCUAAAUUUUAUUUAUCAUUUGAUUUUACAUUGUUCAAAUAUAAAAUAAUAUUAAUAUUAUAUUUGAUAUAAAUUUUACUUGAUUAUACAACUGCAAAA